AAACCAUGCUGUUUAGUAUUUAUACUUUUUGUUUGUGCCUUCUUCCUCAAUUGAAAGCCAAGCCAGUAAGAUUUGUACCCAAAACAAAUCCAAGAAUUCAUAAAAAACACUGUAACAAAAGAAAAAAAGCCGGUAAGACAAAAAGAAAUAAAGCCAGAGCGUAGUGUAGUUGGUGAGAUUCAUUAUGAUCCUGAUCCCCAGUUGUUAUUUAUUACUUCGUCCGUAUCUCGCUGUACCCGCCUUUUCUUUCUUUCUUUCAUCAAUCAGAUUCAUUCAUUCACUCGCUUAAACUCCACUACUUCAAUCUCUUCACUUUCCGAUCACUGAUUUCCAAACUAAUUUCUCAGAUUCAGACACAAAGUAAUAAUAAUAAUAAUAAUAACAAUGGGAAGCACGUUGCGCUUAUACUUAACCUGCAUUCGCAACACUCUCGACGCCGCAAUGUGCCUCCAGAAUUUUCCUUGUCAAGAAGUUGAAAGGCAUAACAAACCUGAGGUCGAACUCAAGACCAGUCCCGAACUCCUUCUCAACCCUGUUUUGAUAUGCCGAAAUGAAGCUGAAAAAUGCUUAAUAGAAACAUCUAUCAAUUCAUUAAGGAUAAGUCUUAAGGUGAAGCAAGCUGAUGAACUUGAAAACAUAUUGACGAAGAAAUUUCUUAGAUUUUUGUCAAUGAGAGCUGAGGCUUUCCAAGUGCUGAGGAGAAAACCUGUGCAGGGAUAUGAUAUUAGCUUCCUUAUUACAAAUUACCACUGUGAGGAGAUGCAGAAGCAGAAACUCAUAGAUUUUAUAGUGCAAUUUAUGGAGGAUAUUGAUAAGGAGAUAAGCGAGCUUAAAAUGUCAGUGAACACACGGGGGAGGCUUGUGGCUACAGAGUUUCUGAAGCAGUUUAUAUGAUGUUUUGGACUAGUUAGAAAUAGAACUAACAAGUCCAUGUAUAUUGUACUAUUUCAAAUCUUGUCCCACCUUAUGUCUGAAGUACUUGGCCCCUAAGGCAAUGCUUGUGUCUUUAAUCUUUAUUAUUAUAUUCAGCAGCAGUGCAGAAGAAUUUCUAUUGA